AUGACCAAUCACAUUGAGGUCCCGAUUUCGGAUGGGCAUCACAUGAGCCUGGAGGAGCUGCCUAAACCAUGUUGGAUCCAGCACUGUAACUGGCUGAGAAGAAACCUUCUCUUAAUCCUCACCAUAGCAGGUGUGAUUUUGGGUUCUGUGUUUGGGUGUCUCCUCCGUCUGCUUCCACCGCUGGACGGGAAUAUUUUGAUCUUGAUUUCGUUUCCGGGGGAUAUUCUCAUGCGAAUGCUGAAAAUGCUGAUCUUGCCUCUGAUCAUCUCCAGCUUAAUAUCAGGUUUGGCUGGUCUUGAUGCUAAGUCUAGUGGACGGAUGGGCACUCGCGCCAUGGUCUAUUACAUGUCAACAACAAUCCUAGCUGCUUUGCUGGGAGUCAUUCUAGUUCUCUCCAUCCACCCUGGGAACCCCAAACUUAAAAAGCAAGUCUCUGUCUCAACCAAAAAUGAUGAAGUUUCCAGUAUUGAUGCCUUUCUGGACCUUAUCCGAAAUCUGUUUCCUGAAAAUUUGGUACAAGCGUGUUUUCAACAGAUACAUACAGUUUCCAAGAAAGUUCCUGCUCCUCUGUCACCUCUUGAUCUAAUUAGACCUCUGAAUAUCACUAGUUCUUCAAGCAAUGCAUCUCAGACUAAUAGCAGCCUUAGUGAAGCAAGCACUGGACCCACCAUGGUGACGCAGAAGACGCUGGAGUUCAAGGGAGGCAUGAAUGUACUUGGCCUCAUAGGUUUCUUUAUCGCAUUCGGAAUCUCAAUGGGAAAGAUGGGAGACCAAGCCAAGUUAAUGGCCGAUUUCUUUAACAUCCUUAAUGAAAUUAUUAUGAAAUUGGUCAGCUUCAUAAUGUGGUAUUCGCCGCUGGGCAUUGCAUCUCUCAUCUGUGGAAAGAUUGCAGCUAUCAAGGACCUCGAGACAGUGGCCAGACAAUUGGGAAUGUACAUGAUCACCGUCAUAGUGGGCCUAGUUAUUCACGGAGGGAUGAUAUUACCGCUCAUAUUUUUCUCAAUUACAAAGAAAAAUCCCUUCUCAUUCUAUGCCGGCAUAUUUCAGGCUUGGAUCACCGCUCUAGGGACGGCUUCAAGUGCUGGGACCCUCCCUGUGACUUUCCGCUGUCUGGAAGAAAACCUCAAAAUAGACAAGCGUGUUACCCGUUUUGUUCUGCCUAUCGGAGCCACCAUAAACAUGGAUGGCACGGCCCUCUAUGAGGCAGUGGCCGCCAUCUUUAUUGCACAGAUGAAUGACGUGUCUCUGGACGCUGGUCAGAUAGCCACAGUGAGCCUGACGGCCACGUUGGCCAGUGUUGGGGCAGCAAGUAUACCCAGCGCUGGCCUUGUCACAAUGUUACUCAUCUUAACAGCUGUGGGACUCCCAACUCAGGAUAUAAGUCUGUUGAUAGCAGUGGAUUGGUUGCUAGACCGCAUGAGAACAUCUAUCAAUGUAGUGGGUGAUUCAUUCGGAGCUGGAAUCAUCCACCACUUAUCCAAAGCAGAACUUGCAGCCAUAGACGCCAAGCAUGAUGUUAAGGAUGGGUCAGAUAUGGUGAAAAUGCAUAUGAUGAACCACGAGGUCCCCAAAAAACCUAUCAGAGAGGGCAUUAGCACCCCACCCUUUUCAGGCUAUGCCUCCCUACCUAGCGAUGAGUAUCAAGUGGAAAUAGAGCCCUCGCUGUCCCUUUAGUUUGAUUAGAAGCGGCGUGUCUCCACCUGCUGGUCCUUCUGUGCACUUUACAGUUUGUCCAUGUUCCAGACCCAAGCAGCAUCUACCGGUGCCAGAUUCAAAUAACUCAGCCCCUUCUCAUUAACGUUAGGACAGAUCAGUGGACUAGAGAUGCUCGGCUGGGCGUGAUGCCUUUAGAAUUGUGUUCCAAAAGUGUCAUUCAUCUAGUCAUACAAAGAAGCUUUAAUUUUUGUUGGGUGUUCCCCUAAGGUUGAAGUGACGUGUCCCAUUUUCUUGAUGCAGGACUGUCAUUAAACCUUCCUUCCAUGAUUCUACGUGUCCACACUAAUGCCUAUAGUCCUCUCUCCUCCAUUGGAUCUACAUAAUGUUUGAGGAGGCACUUCAGCUCAGUGACCACCUUUAGGUUUUUUCAUUGAAGUGAGACAGUAGCAGGUUCAGCUUCUUUGCCAGAAGAACUUGUUUCCCCCCAAUAUAAUACAUCAGAUGUAUUGAAAGUCACACCACUGAUGCCAAACACCACACAGAGCUGAUGCUUUAUGGUAAUGCUAAUGAAGUCCUCCUCUGAUGAAGGUCAUUCUUCUACAAACUCUCCUUAGUCAGUGCCAUUGUCUAUUGGAUUGAAAUUGAGCAAUUCUAACCAGAUUCUUACCAUAAAGCAGUAUGAUAAGGAAUCGGGGUCUUUGUCUACUAGAUUGGGUUCAGAUGACAGAGCGAAAAUUCAUAGAAAUGGCCAAUAUUCAGCCAUAUUCUGCAAAAACUAAAUUUUUUUUCAAAACAUUUUGAAAACUCAUUUCUAAUCUGAUACUAGAAAUAA